AUGAGUAAUGACGUACGUGACAUUCUUGGAUUGUCUGGUCUCAGUGCUGAAGGAUCUGUGAAAAAACCCAUGAGAAUUGAAAAAGAAAAGAAACCUGAUGGGAUCAGUCGUGAGCUAUUUCAACUCAUCGGUGGUCCACCACCAGUCGCCUUCAUAAAACCAGCAUUCAAAGCAAAACCAAAUCUACGAAAGAAAGCAGUUGCCUGGAAUUAUCGAGCAUUCAAAAAUCCAGCUCGUGGUGAUGAUCUUGAAUUGCGUCAUUGGGUGAAGGCGAGUGAGGAUGAGAAUCAAGCAUAUCGAUUUAAUGAAUUCAAUAAAGUAAUAAAUAUAUUAGAUUAUACUGAACAAGAAUAUAAUAAUCUACUUAAUAGUGACCCAGAUUGGACAAAAGCUGAAACAGAUUAUCUAUUCGAACUAUGUAGAAAUUAUGAUUUGAGAUUUCUUGUUAUUUCAGAUAGAUAUGAGUGGCCUGAUAAGCGAAGGACAAUGGAGGAUCUCAAAGAACGCUAUUAUUUUGUAAUGAGAGAAGUUAAUACUUCUAGAGCUGGUUCAGGCGUCGGAUCUAAAGAUAAUAUCGCUUCUAUGUACAAUUUUGAUAAAGCAAGAGAAAUUGAAAGGAAAAAUAAUUUACAAUAUUUGUUUACAAGAAACCCUGACCAGAUCAAGGAGGAGGAAGUCUUGCUGCAAGAGUAUGAACGAAUAGAACAAAACGAAAAGAAAUUUUCAAAAGAACGCGAAAAUCUAUUGAAAAUGUUAAAUUUCCAAGAUAUAAAUCCAUCGAAGUCUUUGCUCAAUGGUGGUCCUUCAACUCCAACUGCCGAUACAAGCGGAGCAUUCUUUGCGAAUUCAGCCGAAUCACCUCCUAACAAAAAAAUGCGACGCUCUUCAUCAUCUUCCGUCGGAACAUCAUCAAUUGAGGUUCAUUCACCUACCGAUGCAUAUCCACCCAAUACACCUCGGCGUGAAAAAUUGCCACCUGGUGUUGUUGUUCGAAGCCAAAAAAUCCCACCAGUUAAACAAAGCGCAAUAAAUAAGGUUACAAAAUAUUUAGCCGAAUGUCAUCUGAACACACGCCCCAACAUGGCUACUGAAACAGUUUGUGCAAAAUGGGCAGAACUUCAAAAAGGCAUUGUAAAUAUGUUAGAAUUAAAACGUCACGUGGAAAAGUUAGAGAACGAUCUGGAUGCAAAGAAAAAACUGCUCGUCAAAGCAAAAACCACCUCAACCACUCAAAUUAAAACGGAAACUUUAACUUAA